AUGACCCGCCGCACCUCGGCGCUAGACUCAGCGCCCAGCCUAGCCAUGGGGGCGCCGGCCGGCUUCCCCGCCUUCACCACAGCACGGCGGCGCAGCACGGCGUCGCAGCAGUCGCGGGGGACGGUGCGGGACGAGGUCGAAGAAGUGGUUGCGCUGGCGCGGUCGGCGUCGCAGAUCAGUGGCCAUCACUCGCACCAUGAAGCCGCGGACGACGUUCACGCGCUGCCGAUGAUUCAGCGGCCCAAGGCGGCCAAGCCCGGCCCGUACAACACGAUUCGCGAGGUGCCGUCGGAGCUGAACACGCCGCUGUCGACGCGGCCGGCGUCGCCUGCUUCGGGGGCGGGGUCGGGGUCGCCGUCGGCCAACAAGUCGCAGUUCCGCGGGGCGGGCGGCGAGUUCGACGGGAUCGAGGAGCACGUCGCGCAGGGCUACCCGGACGUGGGGCGCAUCGCGUCGUGGCGGGGGGCUGCGAUCCUUUUGGUGACAUGCGGCGCGCAGCUGAUGGACAACGUGUUCAUGACGGGGACGAACAUUGCGCUGCCAGCGAUCCAGCGGACGUUUGGGGUCGACAGCGGAGACCUGCAGUGGCUGAUCUCGGCGUACACGCUGACGUUUGGGGGCUUCCUGCUGCUGGCGGGGGUGCUGUCGGACCGGUACGGGCGCAAGCACGUCUUCUGCGCGGGGAUGGGCAUGCUGAGCGUGUGGACGCUGGCCGACGGGUUCGCGACGUCGUUCAUCCAGAUGGCCAUUUUCCGGGCGUUGCAAGGCGUCGGGGCGGCCAUGACGGUGCCCUCGGCCGUCGGCAUCAUUAGCAACUACUUCGUCGCGCAGGACCGGACGCUGGCGCUGACGAUUUUCGGGGCCGCGGGCGCCGUGGGCUUCUGCCUUGGCCUGAUCUUCGGGGGGUUCCUGACGUCGUCGCUCGGCUGGCGCUACAUCUUCUACGUCGCCAUGGCCGUGACCAGCGCGCUGGGCCUGAUUGGCUUGGUCUUCCUGCCAAAGGACCGCAAGGAGGGGACCACGCGGCCGAAGCUCGACUUCAUCGGCGCCGGGCUGUCGACGGGCGGGCUCAUUCUUCUGAGCUUCGUCCUGUCGAGCGGUGGUGUGUAUGGAUGGGGCAAGGCCUUCAUCAUCGUGCUGCUGAUCCUGUCCAUCGCCAUGCUGGGCGUCUUCACGUGGGUCGAGAAGAAGGUGGCCAAUCCCAUCAUGCCGCUGUCGCUGUGGAAGAUCCAGAACUUUGCCGCGCUGUGGAUAUCCGGGUUCGUCAUGUACGGCGGCUACCAGACGGUCAUCUACUACACGACGCUGAUUGCGCAGGAGAUUGACAAGCUCAGCGCCGGACAGACAGCGCUGCGCUUCCUCCCCAUGGGCGCCACGGGCUUCAUCUUCUCGCUCGGCAUGUCGCGCAUGCUGGACUGGUUCAAGACGAAGCACCUGCUGAUCGUGGGCAUGACGCUGUGCGCGAUUGCGCCGAUCCCAUCCGCGCUGAUCAAAGAAGGCGACACCAGCUUCUGGAAGCACGUGUUCCCCGCGACGAUACUCAGCGUGGCGGGCACGACCAUCGUGUACUGCACGCUGACGGUGGUGCUGCUGGCCAGCGUGCCCGUCAACGUCAAGAGCCUGUGUGGCGGCAUGAUCAACACGGCCUUCCAGAUCGGCAGCGGUGUCGGGCUGGCGCUGGCGAGCGCCGUCGUCCAGGCCGUCGACACCAACAAGGGCAAGGGCCCUAUUGACCAGUAUGGCACCGGGCUGUGGUGCUGCGUGGGCUUUGCCGUCGUUGGCUUGGUGGCUAGCACGUUUGGCGUCAAGAACGUCGAGCAUGAUUCCGAGGAGCCGGUGAUGGCUCAUUAG